AUGCCGCCCAAGUCGUACCAGCGACCGAAGAAUCCGCCUCGCUACCAUUCCGCCGACUCUCUCCCGCCUCCUCGCUCGACGUCGCCCAUCCCUCCCGUCCCGCCCAUGCCGCCGAGCACUCCUCCCCCUCGCAUGCCCUCUCCCGCAGCACGUACCGGCUCGCCGACCGAAUCAGUCGGGAGUAGUCCCGGCCGCGGAGGAUCAAACAGGACGUCUCGCAAGCCUGUCCCCGUCUACGACGCCGACGAGCUGCACGAGCCCCGUCUCCCGAGCGACCGUCCUCGUCCGACCAACCCGAACCCGUUCGCGGCUGCGAAUGCGUUGAUCGCCCAGCAGCAGGGUGGAGCGGACGAGCCUCGCACGCCGCCGAGGGGUGCAAGGCCCGUCACGCCGCAGCACAAGGUCAGGCGCUCGAGCGACGAGGACGAGCUUUCGCCUACGGACCGUGGCGAGCGCGCUUUCUCCCGCGGCAGCACCUCGCCGACUUCGACUCCCCCUCACACGCCUGUUCGCAUCAAGCGCGAUGCUUCCGCCGAGCGUGCUCCGCCUGUUCCGACGCCGCAGGAUGAAGACGACAUCGCAACACUCAACUUCAACCGCCGUCCUUCGCAGUUUGACCCGCUCGCGCCGUCCUUCCACCACGCUCACGGCGGAUCGUCCACCGGCUCGAGGCAGCUCGUCUCGGCAACCGGCUUUGCUCCUCUCCCGCCUGUCUCUCCUCUCCGCCAGCCCGGCCAGGCGCACAAGAGGCAGCGGAGCAGCCACACCCGCCAGCCGAGCAUCUCGCUCUCUUCGCCUUCUGCUUCGCCGAGCACUGGCGGCGGUUUCGACACUUCGACCGCCGCUUCGUCCGCCACCUCGACGAACGUGCAGUAUUACGGACCCUCGACUCUCCCGCCCACCGAGUCGCGCAAGAUCCUCCCCCUCCAGCCGGCCGCGCAGCGCAACAACGGCUCGGUCCCGCCCACGCGUGCGCCGAUCGAGGCGUUCGCGAGCGUCGAGAUGUUGCAGGGUCAGAGGGAGCACCAGGACAGGACGAGGGGGACGGAGGUGUUUGGACCUGGAGGAACGUACGAGGGGAGGGCGAGCAGUCUCAGCGGAGAAGCGGGCUUGCCGCCCUACUCGCGCCGCCAAGACCCGCUCGCUGCCGUCCACGCCGCUCGCAACCCCGCCGCUGCAGGUGCUGCCGUUGCCGCGUCGCAGUACAGCCUCGGCUCGCAACUUCCGCCCCUCGAAAUGGACGUCAUGAGUAUCGCGAGCCAGUUGAGGGAGCACGACAAGGCGAGGAGGGGAAGUGAGGAUGUGAGGGGAGAGUGGCCGCGCCGCUUUAGCGAGGCUUCGUCUUGCGAAGACGAGUCUCCGCCCCCGACCGCUGGCGGGAUGCACCUCAACCCGACCUUCUCGUUCCCGUCCAAGGAGUCUCUCAAGUCGUCGUCGCACUCGACUCUCGCUCCCGCUUACGACGGUCCCGGCUCGGCGUUCGACGACGACGAGCACAAGUACCCGCCCGAUCUGAAGAAGAUCUUCAACUUCUCGAAGCGCCACGACGAGAAGACGACGGGCGGCUGGCGAACCGAGCAUCUCGGCGCUUCCGACAAGGCGUUCACGAUGCAACGCCCUUCGAUCGUCGCUCUCCCCGUCUACCCGUCGCCCGGCGGCACGCUCAGCAAGAGCUUCAAGACACGCGCGAAGAAGUGGGGAACGAAGGUCGCCUGGCUCACCGUCUUGCUCGCCUGCGCCUCGAGCUGGGUCUACCUGUACUUCCGGUACGACGCGAUGAAGCUCGUCGAGCGUAAGAGGCCCGGUAUCUUUGUGGGCGGAUGGUGCUACCUCGCCCUCGAAACCAUCGUCGCCCUCAUGACCACCGUCCACUCGCUCUGGGUCGUCUUCAACUACCGCGCUCGCUCGGUUGAGCCCAAGAUGCGUCUUCGAGGCGACAACAACCUUCCUUCGGUCGACGUCUUCAUCGUCUCGUCCGGCCAGGCAGACCAGACCGUCUUCGACUGCGCAGUCGCCGCUGCCUCGAUGGACUACCCGCCGCACCGCUACCGCGUAAUGGUGCUCGACCCGACCGCCUCGAGCAAUCUCGAGCGCGAGUUGCAGCGCCAUGCCAAGGCACAGGCUUGCCCUCACCUCACCUACCACCGCCGCGAUGUUGGCGCAAAGGAGGAGAAGAGCAUGGAGUCGCUCGCGAAGAAGGCCAACAGCACCGAGAACAAGGUUACCAAGGCCAACGCGAUCAACUUUGGCAUGCACGAAGCUUCGACAUUUGGCAUCAAGGGUCCGGCGGAAUUCAUCGCUGUCUUCGACGCUGACAUGCUCCCCGAGCGCAACUACCUCCGCGCUGUUCUCCCGCACAUUCUUGGCGAGAACAAGGUCGGCCUCGUCAAGACUCGUCACGGCUUUAUCAACUUGCCUCAUCGCCUCAGCCAGCCGACCGCGACGCUUCUCACCGCAUCCGAGACGCCCGCCGACACUCGCUCUGGCUUCCUCCUUCGCCGCGCUGCCGUCACCGAAAUCGGCGGUUUCCCUGCCGACUCGUGGAUCCACGACGGCCAGUGCGAGGCGCUUCUCCAGGGUCGCGGCUACAAGGUCCGCCAGGUCGAGGAGGUUCUGCAGUGGGGCAUGGCGAAGCCGACCUAUACCUCUCAGAUCAACGCGAUGAUGGUCAACCGCCUCGGCCCGCUCCGUACCGCCCACCGUCUCGGCUGGUUCGUUCGCGGCAACAAGACCAAGCUGAUGCCGUUCGUCGCCAAGGUCAAGGCCAUCGGUCGCGCUCUCCUCCCCAUCUUCAGCUUGAUCUGCAUCAUCCUCGCCUACGUCUACCCGUUCAUGUUCUCGUUCGGCGGGAUCCUCGUCCUCACCCCGAGCCUGUCGAAUCUCAACCGCAUGCUCCAGGUCACCCUCAUCAUGAUCCUCCUUCACAAGCUGCACGAGGUCGUUUGGUGCUGGUCGACCGGCCUCCCUUCGCCUCGUCGCGCCUUCCAAGCCUGGAUCUUCGCCGCGCCAUACCAAGGUUUUGCCCUUCUUCGCCUCAUCCUGCCCCGCUGGCUCGGUGGCUACAAGCAGCGCACGUCCGACAUCGACAUCAACGAGGUCAUCACGCACCCGAUCCGCGACCCGUGGUACAAACGCCUGGGCUGGUUUGUCCUCGACCCGCUCGUCUCUACGAUGUUCGCGUUCCUCGGCGCGCUCGGUAUCGCCAUCUGGCGCAUCGUCAAGGACUACGAGCGUGGCACAGUUGACGAGCACCAGACUGCUCUCACGGUCCUGCUCACGAUCGCCUGGCCUACUCUCCUUUGGUCCGAGUUCCUCUUUGCAUCAUUCGUGCCUUUCGUCUGCCUCCUCUUCCCCUCCCGCCUUCUCACCGAGCCGCGCGAGUCGUUCCUUAUCCGCGACCACUACUCGCACGUCGCGCGCCCGAAGCACCACUUCAAGACCGCGCCGCCAUUCAAGGUCCACCGCGCGCCCGAGUUCGUCACCGGCACCAUCGUCGUCGCUUGGGCUAUCGUCUGCGUCUGCGUCGCCAAGUUGACGGACGUCCUCGCCUGA